AUGUCCAGAAAUCAAGUCAAUAUUACAAAUGUCCCAUUUGAUUCACUUGAUGUACUCACUAGUUUCAACAAACUCACUCCAAUUCACCUUGGAGAUGAUGCUAGUGCAAGUGUAAAGUACGAAGUCAUCAAAGCAAGACCUAGGUCGAAAGGAAUUGCUCCACAGUUUGAUAAUGUUGUCGUAUUGGACUCAUUAGAAGCAGAAUCGACAGGUGUUGCUGGUACACGAGUUGGAAGAGUUAAAGUGAUAUUUAAGCUCCCUGCCAUUUUUCAUGGUGGUUCUGUUGGUAUACCAAAACAUUGGCCCAAAAUUCGAUUGGCGUACAUUGAAUGGUACACCAAUUUGAAAGGUAGUGUAGAUCCAACACAUAUGAUGUAUGUGAUUACAAAACCUGCACUUAGAGCUGAUGGUACUCCACCAGCUUCCAUAGUACCAUUGAGCAGGAUACAACAAGGCUGCCACUUGUUGCCUUUGUUUGGAAAAGAUCAAGUGCCUGCUCACUGGGGUACAGAAAAUGCUUUGGAUGAUUUUUCCAAUCAUAUCACUCACUCAACUAUGCAAGAUUAUCCUGAAGAUGGAGGUGAUGGGAUGAGCCAGGUCUUUCAUGGACAUAAAAUGCUGUUUGAUGUGCCUCCAGACCGGGUCUCACAGAAUUGCACCUUUAGUGCAUACUUCAUUCCUGAGCAGUUUUACUAUGCAUGCCCCACUCCGGACAAUCAAAAUAUCCUCAAAAAGGAGCUUCCUGCUUUAGGACAUGAUGUGACUGAAACAAGGUGGAGUGAUGAAAUGCAGGCGUGGUUGAUGACCAAGGGACUGUGGAGGCUCGUCUCUGGCACUGAAAAGCGCCCUGAGACUGAUGCUGAAGCACAAGAGAAAUGGGAGUUGAGAGCUGAGAAGGCUGCUGGUGCAUUAUACCUCAAUAUCUCCAAAGACCAGCGUACUCACCUUGACAGCAUCAUUCAUGAUCCUGUUAAGAUCUGGGAGACACUGGCUGCUAUGGACAUCACUAAGAAGCCUGGGACGAAAUUUAACGCCUAUGAUGACUUCUUCUCCUGUUAG